AUGCUGCGCGAGAUCGCGAGACGCGCGAUCAAACGCGGCGGCGCGCGAUGCGCGACGCAGCUCGCGCGCGCGACGUCGUCCGCGUCCGCGUCGUCGUCAUCGUCGCGCGCCGUCGCGUCACCGGCGUCGACGACGCCGCGAAGGCGAUUGACGACGUCCCUGCGAGACGCGAACGCGCGAGGACGACACGCGGAGGUGAUCGAGGCGUAUGAAAACGGCGCCGCGGUGCGCACGGAGGCGAACACGGCGGAGUACCUGAAGGCGCUCGUGGCGCUCGAUCGAGUGAACGAGAGCGCGUUGGCGCGCGCGGUGCACAGAGGCGCGACGGCGGAGGCGGCGGCGACGACGGGCGCAAUCGGUGCGAGCGCGACGGCGACGGAGAGCGAUGCGGCGCCGAAGGGGAUGUUGGCGUCCGAAAAGAACCCGUUGUACACGCAACAGCUCGAACCGACUUUCAAGGCGCAAUUGUGGCGCACGGUGCGCACGCUGGGGACGGCGUUCAUCGUGCUGAGCGGGAUCGGGGCGCUCUUGGAGGAUCGCGGAGGGAUGAGCAAGGCGAUUUUAGGCGGCGAAAGCGUCAAGCCGCAUCAAAACACGCAGACGACGACUUUCGACGACGUCAAGGGCGUGGACGAGGCCAAGGCGGAGUUGGUGGAGAUCGUAGAGUACCUCAAGGCGCCGGAAAAGUUCACCAAACUCGGCGGUAAGUUACCCAAAGGCUUGCUUCUCGUCGGCCCGCCGGGAACGGGGAAGACGAUGCUCGCCAAGGCGGUCGCGGGCGAAGCGGGCGUGCCAUUCUUUUACAGCAGCGGUAGCGAGUUCGAAGAGAUGUUCGUCGGCGUCGGCGCGCGGAGAGUGCGAGAUCUCUUCAAGGCGGCUAAGCAAAACGCGCCGUGCAUCGUUUUUAUCGACGAAAUCGACGCCGUGGGGGCGGCGAGAAACCCUAAGGACCAACAAAACACUCGCAUGACGUUGAACCAACUCUUGACCGAGCUCGAUGGCUUUAAAGCGAGCGAGGGCGUCAUCGUGCUCGCGGCCACGAACACACCGGGGAUGUUGGACAAGGCUUUGAUUCGUCCAGGGCGAUUCGAUCGCACGGUGUCCGUGCCCAAUCCCGACGUCGGCGGCCGCCGCGAAAUUUUACAGGCGCACGCCAAGGGCGUGAAGAUGGCGGAUAAUGUCGACUUCGACGUCGUCGCGCGCGGCACUCCCGGUUUCAGCGGCGCUGACUUGGCAAACUUGAUAAACAUCGCCGCGCUUAAAGCCGCGCUCGACGGCGUCGCGAGCGUCGGCGCCAAGCACCUCGAUUUCGCCAAGGAUCGCAUCUUGAUGGGCGCCGCGCGCACAUCAGCCAUCAUCACGCCCGAAAAUCGCAAGUUGACGGCGUAUCACGAAGGUGGGCACGCGUUGGUGGCGCUUCGCACGAAGGGCGCGCGUCCGGUGCACAAGGCGACCAUCGUUCCGCGAGGGCAAGCGUUGGGGAUGGUGAUGCAACUCCCCGAGAAGGACGAAUUGCAAAUGACGCGAAGACAACUGCUCGCCAUGCUCGACGUCACCAUGGGCGGUCGUGUGGCGGAGGAGCUCAUCUUUGGUUCCGAGGAGAUCACCACCGGGGCUUCGAGCGAUUUACAGCAAGCCACCCGUCUGGCGCGAGAGAUGGUGACGCGCUACGGCAUGAGCGAAAAAGUCGGCUUGGCGUCGCAAGACUACGCGUCCGAUGAGUUGUCGAGCGAAACUCGACAGCUGAUCGAGAUCGAGGUGAAAGCGAUGCUCGACGCGGCGUAUAAACGCGCGAAAGAUUUACUCACUCAACACGAGGGCGAUUUGCACACGAUUGCGCGACGCUUGCUGGACUCCGAGAGCUUGAGUGGAAGCGAGUUGAAGGAGCUUUGCGGAAUAGCCACCGCGUGA